UUGUACCAAGUGUGGAAAGAGCUUUGGUCAGAGACAUAUGCUUAAACAGCACCAACAAACUCACACAGAGGAAAAACCAUUUCAGUGUAACGAGUGUGGAAAGAGCUUUGGUCGGAAAGAUAUACUUAAACAGCACCAACAAACUCACACAGAGGAAAAACCAUUUCAGUGUAAUGAGUGUCAAAAGUCGUUUGGCUUCAAAUCAAACCUUACUAGACAUCAACAGACUCACACAGGGGGGAAACCAUUUAAUUGUACCAAGUGUGGAAAGAGCUUUGGUCAGAGACAUAUGCUUAAACAGCACCAACAAACUCACACAGAGGAAAAACCAUUUCAGUGUAACGAGUGUGGAAAGAGCUUUGGUCGGAAAGAUACACUUAAACGGCACCAGCAAACUCACACAGAGGAAAAACCAUUUCAGUGUAAUGAGUGUCAAAAGUCGUUUGGCUUCAAAUCAAACCUUACUAGACAUCAACAGACUCACACAGGGGAGAGACCCUUUAAAUGGAUGGAGUGCGGAAACGGCUUCGAUCAAAAUGCAAAGCUUAAGAUACAUCAACGAACUCAGACAGGGGAAAAACCAUUUCAAUGCAAUGAGUGUGGAAAGUCAUUUGGCUUUAAAUCAAGCUUUACUGCACACCAGCGAACUCACACAGGGGAGAAACCUUUUAAAUGCAUGGAAUGCGGAAAGCGCUUCAGGGAAGGUAGAGACCUUUCAAGACAUCUACAAACACAUACAAGGGAGAAACCCUUAAAAUGUAUGGUAUGUGGGAAAUGUUUCAGUGUCGAAGGAAAACUUGCAAGACAUCAACAAACUCACACGGGGGAGAAGGCAUGGCAAUGUAUGGAGUGUGGAAAGUCGUUCAGCCUGAAAUCACACCUUACUACACACCAGCGAACUCACACAGGGGAGAGACCCUUUAAAUGCAAGGAGUGUGGAAAGAGCUUUGCUCGGAAAGAUGCGCUUAAACAGCACCGACGAACUCACACAGGGGAGAGACCCUUUAAAUGCAUGGAGUGCGGAAACUGCUUCAAUCGAAAUGAAAAGCUUAAGAUACAUCAACGAACUCACACAGGGGAAAAACCAUUUCAAUGUAAUGAGUGUGGAAAGAGCUUUGUUCAGAAAUGGACGCUUAAACUGCACCAACAAACUCACAUAGCGGAAAAACUAUUUCAGUGUAAUGAGUGUGGAAAGAGCUUUGGUCGGAAAUGUACGCUUAAACAGCACCAACAAACUCACACAAGGGAAAAGCUAUUUCAAUGCAAUGAGUGUGGAAAGUUGUUUAGCUUUAAAUCAAUCCUUACUGCACACAAGCAAACUCACACAGGGGAGAGACCUUUUAAAUGCAUGGAGUGUGGGAAGAGCUUUGGCCAUAGUGGAAGCCUUAGAAAACAUCAACGAACU